AAAAUGGUCAGAGUGAGCUGUUCUCUCAUUUGUGUCUGGAAGUAGCUCGCAAGCUAGCCAACAUUAUCCAGUUAGCUUGGGUGCUUGACUGCUGCUGUUAGGCCAGAACGCUCGGAUCAACCCUACUCCUCGGACAGAGUGUCCUGUGUGCUCUCCGAGAGCAAAACGCUCUUGAGUUCACGAACGCCCACAGCACACUCUGGCACUCCAGAUUUUAAAUUUAACAACACGCCCGUAGUGUAAACCAGCCUUUAGUCUUGAAAUCUGUGGUUGUUUAGUACAUAGCCUCACAUGUGAAUCCUUAAAGAGAUGGGUGGAGCUAAGGCUUAAGAGGGUGUGAACGAUGCUGAAUAGGUGUUGACAAAGAUGAGCUCUUCAGUAAGUACCAAAAUAUUCAAGGCGCGUUUUCUCAAAAUUGAGGUUACAAGUAUAUCAACAUUCAAAGCAGAAUAACUUUCCCAUUGUUCCUCAACUGUAGUGUAUGAUAUAACAUGUUCUACCUCUGAGUUUAUCCAAUGUAGAAAACACCAUUUCCAAUGUUGCUACAUAAGACCUGAUGGUCACAAAUGGUGUAGGAGAUACUCGCCCAAAUGUUCAAAGUCUAUGGCAUUUUUAUUGCCAUUUGAAUUGCAUUGGGAGCUCAUUUUAAUGUUUAAGUACAAAAAGUAUAAAUGCUAUCAAAAACAUUUUCUCAAGCAAUCUAAGUCUGGGCAGUCAGCUUAUUUGGAAGUUUGUUUUGUGUUAACUUAAGUCGUUUAAGCGUUGGCGCAAGCGGAAUAAGUCAAAUAAUACGAGUGUGUAAGAAAUCCGGAGUUGUGCAUGGUUGGCAUUGUGGUGUUUUAGGCUAGUCUAAGUAGGAUAAUUGUGUUGUCCCUCAACAAGAUCAAUAGGGGAGCUUUUUGAGCUGCGUGUCUCAUGUCUUCACUGUUCUUUCAUGCACGAUGAUGCCCCUGGCCUCCACUGCCGAUCAGCUACUCCUAUUUGUUCUUGUGGAUUCAUAUUAAAAAUUGAUGUAACUUUGAAUGCUUUUGUGUGGCAUGAUUGCUACUUAGCCUGUUGCAGAUCUGGGCAAAAUCCACCUACCACUAUUGUCUCUAUGAAUGUUGGAUAGAGGGCAGAAUAGACAGUCUGGUAGACUGUAAGGACUGUUUAUAAGGAUGAUGCAACGUGGAGUGCCUGGACACAGCCUUUAGCCCUGGUAUAUUGGCAAUAUACCACAAACCCCUGAGGUUCCUUAUUGCUAUUAUGAAACUGGUUACCAACGUAAUUUGAGCAGUAAAAAUAAAUGUUUCGUCAUUCUGGUGGUAUACGGUCUGAUAUACCACAGUUGUCAGCCAAUCAGCAUUCAGGGCUCGAACCACCCAAUUUAUAGAAAAGGUUAAUGUGGGGAAAAGCGUAGUGCAUAAAGGGACAACCCUCUCCUAGUUUGAACCAAAUUUUGAUCUGGACCCGGUUGCAUAAAACAUUGUACGUGUUUCUGUUAAGAGGCAGCUGGUUGAUGUUUUCCUUAUGUAACCAGAGCAGAUGAAAGCAACAUUCACCUCCACAAAUGCUGUUUACAUUGAUAUCCAUACUGAAUGAAGCACUUAAGGGACCUCAUUGGCACCCUUAAUUUUUUAACUUAAUUUAAGGGGGAAAUUAACCUUACAUGUUUUGUGCAACUGACUUAAAGUUAAGGAAACUUUAAGGGAAAGAUGAGGGGGAAAUUAACUUUAGGUGUUUUGUCAAAUUGGGCCCUGGCCCUUAAGACACCAUGGAGCUGGCACAAGAUUUGUCAGAAAAUGUACCUCAAUGAAGGGAUUGGAUAUGCCACUGUACUCCAUUACCCAUAUAUCGCGCCGGGUCCACGGUGUCUUAACGUACCCAUGAUUGCGUUCCGACCCCAGUGCAGCUCAGUGUAAACAAGCGUAACGGUAGGGUUUGAAUCUGCCCAAAAGCGUAGGGACGUACGGCUCUGUGUUCUGUAAGUGCCGGUCACUGGUCAAGUAGCCUGUAAGACUAAUUUUCAGCCGGCAACUUUUUCCACAGUCAAACUGUGUUCCUUCCUAGUGCAGCCUGAGUGCCAUAGAUAAAAACUGGGCACAGCUUCGUCACUGUCAUGGUUUCACCAUUACUUUACUGAAAACCGUGUGUCUCUAGCCCAAAUGGUUCAAAAGGUAUGAAUGUGCCCACAUGGCGGUACGCGCGAAUGUUCCAAAAUGUAAUUUGUGGGAAAGUGCCAUUCUAAAAUGCACCUGCAAUUGGUUUCAUGGACAAAGAUGGAAAUAUCUGUUACAAAUUUAGAAAGAGGGGAGAUCUAAAGAUGCAAAAAACUAUCAUUGCUUGGUUAUAUGACUAGGAUAUUGCCUUUGACUGCUUGACAAUAAAAGAAAGUUGAUUUUGAAAACCAAGUUCCACACAAAGCGUUAUGACUGGGGGACAGUGCCAAGCGUGUGGAAAUAUGUCAUCAAGGGAAAGGGUGGCUACUUUUGAAGAAUCUAAAUAUAUUUUAGAUUUUAGAUUUUUAACACUUUUGGUUACUACAUGAUUCCAAGUGUGUUAUUUCAUAGUUUUGAUGUCUUCACUAUUAUUCCACAAUGUAGAAUAUAUAAAAAAUUAAGAAAAACCCCGGAAUGAAUAGGUGUGUCCAAGCUUUUGACUGGUACUGUAUAUUUUUUUCUACAUAUUCUACAGGUGCCAGAUUUAUUAUUUGUCCAUUCUACAAUGUAAUCUAAUAAAAAUAAGGUCAUCAAGUUGUAGUGAUGGGCAUGCAACAGACUAUAAAACUCUGGAGAACUUUUAUGCAUUACCACUAGAGAGCAAUAUCACCUUUGUUAGAAUAGCCUAUAUCAUAGACCUAGAUCUGUUGUUUACAAAAUAUUGAACGUUCUUGAACACAGUACAUUGUUUUGCGAUGCAAUGUUUUUGUACGUAAAAAAAAAAAAAAAAGCAUUAGUGCUGUUAAUGUCUAGUAUGAAAGUGAAAAUAGUUUAGACGGUGGUCUUUUACAAGAACAGAAGUACACUUGAACAGGAAGCCCAUACCAUUUUAGUAUGUGGUUAGCCAAGCAUCGCAGUUUGCAAUUCAUCACAAACAGGAAGUGUAUAUCACUCUGUAUGGCCUCCAGUUGAAAAACGGUUUGGUUACCUUUUUAGCUGUAAGUUUGAUCUAGUUGCGAAGGGAAAAACGCCAUUUCAAUUCUAAAUGGCCCAGGGAAAGGAUCAUUCCUUCCUAAAGCUGGACGACCUUGCCAGCCGAUUCUUCAACAGGUAUCGCAAAGGCAACCAAGAGCAAAAAGCCCAGGAGAGUGAGGGGCCUCAUGUCUCAGAGUUCACCAUCAUUUGGGAUAAGUUGAUGAAAGAGUUCUUAGCCAAAGCCAAAGAAGAUUUUUUACGAAAAUGGGAGUGCCCACCACAGAGCACAACUGGACUGGAUGACUUUGACAGGCUGAAGACUCUGGGCACGGGCUCGUUCGGUAGAGUUAUGUUGGUGAAACAUAAAGGAACAGAACAGUUCUUCGCCAUGAAGAUCCUGGACAAACAGAAAGUGGUGAAGCUGAAGCAGAUAGAACACACGCUAAACGAAAAGAGAAUACUGCAGGCGGUGUCCUUCCCCUUUCUCGUGAGACUAGAUUAUUCCUUCAAGGAUAACUCCAACCUCUACAUGGUGAUGGAGUACGUUCCAGGAGGAGAAAUGUUCUCGCAUCUGAGACGCAUCGGGAGGUUCAGUGAACAUCACGCACGAUUUUAUGCAGCUCAGAUAGUACUCACUUUCGAGUACCUCCACUCGCUAGACCUUAUCUACAGAGACCUGAAGCCUGAAAACCUUCUCAUUGAUCACCAAGGGUACAUCCAGGUCACAGACUUUGGCUUUGCCAAAAGAGUAAAAGGCAGGACCUGGACAUUGUGUGGAACUCCUGAGUACCUUGCUCCAGAGAUCAUCCUCAGCAAGGGCUACAACAAAGCUGUGGACUGGUGGGCACUGGGAGUCCUGAUCUACGAGAUGGCCGCCGGGUACCCGCCGUUCUUCGCUGAUCAGCCAAUCCAGAUCUACGAGAAGAUUGUGUCUGGCAAGGUACGAUUCCCCUCCCACUUCAGCUCAGACUUGAAAGACCUGCUGAGGAACCUGCUCCAGGUGGACCUGACGAAGCGCUACGGCAACCUGAAGAAUGGGGUGAACGACAUCAAGAACCACAAGUGGUUCGCCACAACGGACUGGAUCGCAAUCUACGAGAGGAAGGUGGAAGCUCCCUUCAUACCAAAGUGCAGAGGACCAGGAGACACAAGCAACUUUGACGACUACGAAGAGGAGGAUGUCCGUGUGUCCGACACAGAAAAGUGUGCGAAGGAGUUUUCCGAAUUCUAGCAAGGGGAGGCAGGUGUUCCAUCUGGCUGUUGAGGGUUGGAGCUGAGACAUGACGCGUUCAAAACAAUUGCUUAGUUCCUUCAUUCCACAAGGUUGAAUGAGGUCCUUCUUGCCAUGAUCCUCCUCGCGUGCAGUUAGCACUAAACGUAUACACAGGCACAUUAUGCAGACACCCCUCGUGCUGCGACACAAAAAUACUAGGUAGGCCACGUUUUUGUCUUUUGUUUCCUGUUUUGUUUUUAAAACAUUUGUUGCUUUAAAGAACCCCCCACCCCCCUUCCCUCCAUUUUAAACCAAGGGAUUAUUUGCAAAGCAAGACACAAACCAAUGAAAUGGCCAUUUUACAGUGGCACAAAGAGUUACUGACUAUAGUAGGUGGUAUUACACAUUUUUGUGAUUUUUAAGUUGCUCCUAGUUCUAGUUCUUGCUAGUGACUCUUGCCAGUUCUUGUGUGUUAGGCCUACACGUCAGUGUUUGUUUUAGGUUUAAUUAAACGUUCUUGGCCCAGUCUAUAAUCCUAAACAUUUUGCUGUCCUUAAGAAGUAGACUGUGUCUUUCUGCAUAAUAUAAAUAUACAGUAUCUUUUUUACAAAGAAAUGGAUGUCAGAAAAGGAAAAUACUCAUUACAAUAUCACAGUCACAUGGGCAUGCAGUCCUUGAUGAGGGGUACAGUAGUAGCAAAGCAAACCUAAUUACAAAGCAAACACCUGUGAUAUGUUUCAUUUAUCAUUUGUAGCAAUGUUUUACUUGUUAGGUCAUGGGGCAUUUUAUUUAAUUUUUUUUAACCUCCGUGUAGGUAUUGUAUUCAAAUUAAGAUGACGUGAAAUUAUAUAUUUUAAGGAACAACAACGCCAAGAGGGGUAGGAAACGUAUGGGCUUUAACUACACUGAACAAAAAUAUAAACGAAACAUGCAACCAUUUCAAAGAUUUUACUAAGUUACAGUUCAUAUAAGGAAAUCAGUAUAAAAUAAAUUCAUUAGGCACUAAUCUAUUGAUUGCACAUGACUGGGAAUACAGGUUUGCAUCUGUUGGUCACAGAUACCUUAAAGUAGUGGUGUGGAUCUGGUGUGACCACCAUUUGACUUCGCGUUGAGUUGGUUGUGGCCUGUGGAAUUUGUCCCACUCCUCUUCAAUGGCUGUGCAAAGUUGAUGGAUAUUGGCAGGAACUGGAACACGCUCUCGUACACAUCGAUCCAGUGCAUCCCAGACAUGCUCAACGAGUGACAUGUCUGGUGAGUAUGCAGGCCAUGGAAGAACUGGGACAUUUCAAGCUUCCGGGAAUUGUGUACAGAUCCUUGUGACAUGGGGUCACAUGAGGUGAUGGCGGCAGAUGAAUGGCACAAUAAUGGCUCUUGUCAUGAUAUCUCUGCAUUCAAAUUGCCAUCGAUAAAAUGUAAUUGUGUUCGUUGUUCGUAGCUUAUGCCUUCCCAUACAUAACCCCACCGCCAGCAAACCACUCGCCCACUCGACGCCAUCUGCCCGGUAUAGUUGAAACCUGGAUUUAGCUGUGAAGAGCACACUUCUCCAGCGUGCCAGUGGCCAUCUAAGGUGAGCAUUUGACCACUGAAGUCGGUUACUGCAGUCAGGUCAAGACCCUGGUGAGGACGACGAGCAUGCAGAUGAGCUUCUCUAAAACGGUUUCUGACAGUUUGUGCAUAAAUUAUUUGGGUGUGCAAACCCAGUUUCAUCAGCUGUCUGGGUGGCUGGUCUCGGACAAUCCCGCAUGUGUAGAAGCCAGAUGUGGACGUCCUGGGCUGGUGUGGUUACACGUGGUCUGCGGGUGUGAGGCCGGUUGGACGCACUGCCAAGUUCUAUAAAACGACAGCUUAUGGUAGGGAAAUGAAUAUUCAAUUCUCUGGCAACAACUCUGAUGGACAUUCCUACAGUCAGUAUGCCAAUUGCACGCUCCCUCAACUUGAGACAUCAGUGGCAUUGUGUUGUGUGACGAGUGGCCCUUUAUUGUCUCCAGCACAAGGUGCACUUGUGUAAUGAUCAUGCUGUUUAAAUCAGUUUCUUGAUAUGCCACACCUGCCAGGUGUAUGGAAUAUCUUGGCAAAGGAGAAAUGCUCACUAAAAGGGAUGUAAACAAAUUUCUGCACACAAUUUGAAAUAAACUUUUUGUGGGUAUGGAAAACUUCUGGGGACUUAUUUCAGCACAUUAAACAUGUGACAAACACUUUUCAUGUUACGUUUAUCUUUUUGUUCAGUAUAGAAUUACUGUAUACCACGGGUUCUCAAAGUGGGGUACUGCAGGGGGUCCGUAGCCAGGUUUUAUACACAUAUACAGUACCAGUCAAAAGUUUGUAGACACCUACUCAUUCAAGGGUUUUUCUUUAUAAUUACUAUUUUCUACAUUGUAGAAUAACAGUGAAGACAUCAAAACUAUGGAAUCAUGUACAGUAGUAGCCAAAAAAAGUGUUAAACAAAUAUAUUUUAUAUUUGAGGUUCUUCAAUGUAGCCACCCUUUGCCUUGAUGACAGCUUUGCACACUUGGCAUUCUCUCAACCAGCUUCAUGAGGAAUGCUGUUCCAACAGUCUUGAAGGAGUUCCCAUAUAUGCUGGGCUGCUUUUCCUUCCCUCUGCAGUCCAGCUGAUCCCAAACCAUCUCAAUUGUGUUGAGGUCAGGUGAUUGUGGAGGCCAGGUCAUCUGAUGCAGCACUCCAUCACUCUCCUUCUUGGUCAAAUAGCCCUUACACAGCCUGGAGGUGUUGGGUCAUUGUCCUGUUGAAAACAAAUGAUAGUCCCACUAAGCGCAAAUCAGAUGGGAUGGUGUUUCGCGGCAGAAUGCAGUGGUAGCCAUGCCUGUUAAGUUUGCCUUGAAUUCUACAUAAAACAGUGUCAUCAGCAAAGCACCAUCACACCUCCUCCAUGCUUCACGGUGGGAACCACACAUGCAGAGAUCAUCCAUUCAACAUCUCUGUGUCUCACAAGAAUUUAACAUUUGGACUCAUCAGACCAAAGGACAGAUUUCCACCGGUCUAAUGUUCAUUGCUCGUGUUUCUUGGCUCAAGCAAGUCUCUUAUUGGUGUCCUUUAGUAGUGGUUUCUUUGCAGCAAUUUGACCAUGAAGGCCUGAUUUCAUGCAGUCUCAACUCAAAUCAAAUGUAUUUAUAUAGCCCUUCUUACAUCAGCUGAUAUCUCAAAGAGCUGUACAGAAACCCAGCCUAAAACCCCAAACAGCAAGCAAUGCAGGUGUAGAAGCACGGUGGCUAGGAAAAACUCCCUAGAAAGGACAAAACCUAGAGGAACCAGGCUAUGAGGGGUGGCCAGUCCUCUUCUGGCUGUGCCGGGUGGAGAUUAUAACAGAACAUGACCAAGGCGCCAACCCAGACAGGAAGAUCACGUCAGUGACUCAACCCACUCAAGUGACGCACCCCUCCUAGGGACAGCAUGAACAGUUGAUGUUGAUGUGUCUGUUGAAUUGUGAAGCAUUUAUUUGGGCUGCAAUCUGAGGUAGAGUUAACUCUGGGUCUUCCUUUCCUGUGGCUGUACUCAUGAGCCAAUUUUAUCAUAGCACUUGAUAAAACUGUCUGUUUUUGAAAUGUUCCUCAUUGACUUACUUUCAUGUCUUUAUAGUAAUGGACUGUUGUUUCUCUUUGCUUAUUUGAGCUGUUCUUGGACUUGGUCUUUUACCAAAUAUGUCUCUCAUCUGUAUACCACCCCUACCUUAUCACAACACAACUGAUAGGCUCAAACACAUUAAGAAGGAAGGAAAUUCCACAAAUUAACUUUUAACAAGGCACACCUGUUAAUGGAAAUCCAUUCCAGCUGACUAUCUCAUGAAGCUGGUGGAGAAAAUGGCUAGAUUGGGCAAAGCUGUCAAGGCAAAGGGUAACUACUUUGAAGAAUCUCAAAUAUAAAAUAUAUUUUGAUGGAAUCAUGUAACCAAGAAGUGUUCAAUGUGUGAUAUUUUAUAGUUUUUGAUGUCUUAAAUAAGAAACCCUGGAAUGAGUAAGUGUGUCAAAACUGUUGACUGGUAGUGUGUGGAUAUAUAUUUAUCCACACACAGUGCAUUUGGAAAGGAUUCAAACCCCUUUACCUUUUCAACAUUUUAACAUUUUGUUACGUUACAGCCUUAUUCUAAAAUGUAUUCAAUUGUUUUUCCCUCAUCAAUCUACACACAAUACCCCAUAAUGACAAAGCAAAAACAGGUUGACAUUUGUGCAAAUUUAUUAUAUAUAAAAAACUAUCACAUUUACAUAAUUAUUCAGACCCUUUACUCAGUACUUUGUUGAAUCACCUUUGGCAGCAAUUACAUCCUUGAGUCGUCUUGGGUGUGACGCCACAAGCUUGGCACACCUGUAUUUGGGGCAGGGGAGCGUUGCUGCACAGCUACUUUCAGGUCUCUCCAGAGAAGUUCGAUCAGGUUCAAGUCCAGGCUCAGCCUGGGCUACACAAGGACAUUCAGAAGCUUGUCCCAAAGCCAAUCCUGUGUUGUUUUGGCUGUGUGCUUAGGGUUGUAGACCUGUUGGAAGGUGAACCUUCGCCCCAGUCAGAGGUCCUGAGUGCUCUGGAGCUAGUUUUCAUCAAGGAUCAAUGUACUUUGCUCCUUUCAUCUUUCCCUCGAUACUGACUAGUCUCCCAGUCCCUGCCACUGAAAAACAUCCCAACAGUGUGAUGCUGCCACCUCCGUGCCAGGUUUCCUCCAGACGUGAUGCUUGGCAUUCAGGCCAAGAAGAUCCAUCUUGGUUUCAUCAGACCAGAGAAUCUUGUUUCUCAAGGUCUGAGAUUCCUUUAGGUGCCUUUUGGCAAACUCCAAGCUGGCUUUCGUGUCUUUUACUGAGGAGUGGCCUCCGUCUGGCCACUCUACCAUAAAGGCCUGAUUGGUUGAGUGCUGCAGAGAUGGUUGCCCUUUUGGAAGGUUUUCCCAUCUCCACAGAGGAUCUCUGGAGCUCAGUCAGUGACCAUCGGGUUCUUGUUCACCUCCUGGACCAAGGCUCUUCUCCCCCGAUUGCUCAGUUUGGCCGGGCUGCCAGCUCUAGGAAAAGUCUUGGUGGUUCCAAACUUCUUCCAUUUAAGAAUGAUGGAGGCCUCUGUGUUCUUGCGGACCUUCAAUUUUUUGGUACCCUUCCCCAGAUCUGUGCCUCGACACAAUCCUGUCUCAGAGCUCUAUGGACAAUUCCUUCGACUUCAUGGCUUGGUUUUUGCUCUGACAUGCACUGUCAACUGUGGGACCUUAUAUAGACAGGUGUGUGCCUUUCCAAAUCAUGUCCAAUCAAUUGAAUUUACCACAGGUGGACUCCCAAGUUUUGUAGAAACAUCUGAAGGAUGAUCAAUGGAAACAGGAUGCACCUGUGCUCAAUUUCGAGUCUCAUAGCAAAGGGUCUGAAUACUUAAUUAAAUACAUUUGCUAAAAUUUCUUAACCUGUUUUUAUUUUAAUUAUGGGGUAUUGUGUGUAGAUUUAUAUUUUUAUUUUUAUUUAAUACAUUUUAGAAUAAGGCUGUAACGUAACAAUGUGGAAGAAGUAGUCUGAAUACUUUCCGAAUGCACUGUACACACUACAUAUCUGAAAGUAUCUGGACAUCCCAAAUUAGAGCCACACAGUUGCUGACAGGUGUUUCAAAAUCGAGCACACAGCCAUACAAUCUCCAUAGACAAACAUUGGCAGUCGAAUUGCCCGUACUGAAGUGCUCAGUGACUUUUUAAUAUGGCACUGUCGUAGGAUGCCACCUUUCUAAAAAGUCAGUUUUGUAAAAUGUCUGCAUUGCUGGAGCUGUCCCGGUCAACUGUAAAUGCUGUGAAGUGGAAACGUCCUAGGAGCAACAACGGCUCAUCCUCUGAAGUGAUAGGCCACACAAGCUCACAGAACGGGACCACCAAGUGCUGAAGCGUGUAAAAAUGGUCUGUCUCGGUUGCAACACUCACGACCUGGGUUUGGCAGAUGCCAGGAGAACACUACCUGCCGAAUGCAUAGUGACAACUGUAAAGUUUGGUGGAAGAGCAAUAAUAGUCUGGGGCUGUUUUUCAUGGUUCGGGCUAGACCCCUUAUUUCCAGUAAAGCGAAAUGCUUAAUGCUACAGCAUCAAUUAUAUUCCAGACGAUUCUAUGCUUCCAUCUUUGAGGCAACAGUUUGGGGAAGGCCCUUUCCUGUGUCUGCACGACAAUGCCCCCGUGCACAAAGCAAGAGCCGUACAGAAAUGGGUUGUCGAGAUCAGUGUGGAAGAACUUGACUGGCCUGCACAGAGCCCUGACCUCAACUCCAUUGAACACCUUUGAGAUUAAUUGGAAUGCUGACUGCGAGCCAGGCCUAAUCGCCCAACAUUAGUUCCCUACCUUACUGAUGCUCUUGUGGCUGAAUGGAAGCAAGUCUCCGCAGCAAUGUUCCAACAUCUAUUGGAAAGCCUUCCCAGAAGAGUGAAGGCUAUUGUAGCAGCAAAGGGGGACCAACUCCAUAUUUAAUAUCUGUGGUUUUCAAAUGAGAUGUUCAAAGUUUUUUUGUACGUAAAUGCAGUGUAAUUUAAGCUUUAAAACUGCGACGUUUUCUCUCUGCCUCAUGGCAAAAUGUGUAGAAUUGCAGAAUAUUAGAUUUAAAGCUGCUACAACAAAAAAUUGCUCUGCUCCAUGACAAACUGUCUGGAAUUGCAAGAAAUUAGCCUAAACUGAUCAUUUUCUUUCCAAUGCCAAGAGGCGGACCUUUUUAAAUGUUAGUUCCCCGGGCUGAGACGGUUCGUCCAGCCAUGCACUGCAGACGUCAUUGAGCACGGUUACAUGCACACAAUGAUCAGAUUAUUGUGGAUAGUGAGGUUAAUAUAAUAGUUUGUUUAUAACGUUUACAUGCUUUGCAAGACCGAUUUUGCUGUUUACAUGGACACAUCUGGACUUUGAAUAAAUGCAGAAAAUCGCCAUUCACAAACGUUCUACCACACUUGACCAUGCAAAGACAAUUUGAUUCUGAGUUCGGACAUGUGUAUGGUAAAUUUGAAUGUGAAAACUUUAAGAUGCAUGUUUUUCCCGAAUUAACACGCGCAUAAGAGGGAAGCUUACGCUACCCAGUACUUGCUCAUGUCAGAUCAAAUACACCUCUGGAACGUCUAUGAAGAUGUUUAAAUGUCCUAAUUAUUUGAAUGAUUGCUCUGAAAACCAGGUUUUAUUCUGCGUGUGCUUACUUCGAUUAUGACCGUACACAGAUAAGCAAAGUAAAGUGUUCAUUUACAUGACUAAUGCCAUACUCGGCCUUCUGUCAUAAGCAGUUUAAUUUCAAAUGAUUAGUGUGCAUGUAAACAUACUCCAAGUAAAACUCAUUUUAGGCAAUUUUUAUCGCACUCAAGUUGUUCUGAUUUAUGAGGUCGAUUUAAUUUGCUGUCACAAAACGGGUCCCUGUACCCAAAAAGCUUGAGAAUCCCUGCUCUAUACAAUAGGUCGUCUUUUUGGUAGCACAUCCGAAAACUGCAGAAGCUUUUAGUUGUUUUGAAUUGAAGGAAAAGGGAAAACUACAUUUUGGUAUUUGUUUCAUUAGUCCAUUGUUAAUUCAGUCCCAAAAUGUUUUCCAUGUCAGCAGAAAUAUAGCCGGUAUGAUGCAAAGCGCAACAUCAUAUGAUGCAAAAUGCAGCAGUAUUUCUGUAUUUUGAAAGUUACUUAUUUUGAAAACUUCAUUGCUGACAUGCAAAACAUUUUGGGACUAUAUUAACAAUGGAGUAAUGAAAUGGAAUUUUCCUUUAAUACAUUUUUUCCUUUAACUGUUCAAAUGUAAAUGGUUUAGUUGCUUUAAUUUUGUCAGAGGUUACAUAGCUGUGUCUGUGAAGCAGUGUUGGUUACAUGGGCAGGUUCAGUCUCACCUUUUUGUUUGAAGUGAUCCUUUAGCAAAGCACUCAGAAGACAUUGUGUAACUGCCAUUUUCUAUUUUUAUUCUUUUUUUACUCCUGCAUGUCUGUUUCCAUUUGUUACCUCCAUACAACAGUGUACUUUUGCGACUCCCUUGUGUGGGUAUUUGAAGAUGUUGUAUUCUCACAAACUAAAACAUGAUUUCACAUGCAAUUUUUUUUCUUGAGUUUCAGCUCCUUUUCAUACGGCAUUUUGUUCAGCUCAUUUCAGAGGAACAAUAGUUUUUUUUUAUGUAGGCAAUUUUUUUUAUAUAUACGUAUUAGAGAUACAUUUAUUAGAUAUCUUUUUAUGUUUAAACUUGCAUAGUUCCCGGUAUGUUUGAAGGUUCUGCCCGUUUUAUUUACUGAAAAAAGCUACUUUGCAAUCUUAUGCCUUGUUAACAUCCUGGGUAUUAAGCAUGUGUCAAUCCAAUCUCUAUGAAUGCGUUAAUCCAUUUUCCAAAACGGUAUGGUAAAUUUACAGCAACUUGUAAGUUUGAAUGAUGUGUGUAAUGUCUGUUGCAAAGUUACUUGUAAAUGAAGGCACUAUUUCCUGAGCUACCAGACACUCCUUGCAGAUGAAAAUUGUUUCAAUGUAUAACUCAUUUAUAGUCACACGCAUACCAGUAUAGGCCAUAAUAUGAAAAAUCGCUGUAUUUAGUUUUUGGGAUAUGUUGCACAAUGUCAUUUAGAAGGCCACUUUUUCCCACCCAUAUUUACCUGUUUGCUAGAGAAGUAUAACAUAAUUUGCUGUAUCAGAUUUUAUGGAACAAAAGAUGUCACUGUAAUACAUUUAUAAUACAUUUAUUAUAUUUUGUAUAUAAUUUGACUGAAAAGAUGCUGUAUGCAAUAAAUGCUGCAGUGACAUUCAUGGACAAUAAGGUUUUAAUAAAGGCUGGAUGUCAUGUUUUUUUGUUGUUGUUGAAUAUCACAUUAACAUUACUCUUACUGAUAUGCUUGGAAAUAACAUACAUUAUUAUGUGAAAUGUCUUUUGUUUUUUUUUGGUUUCACCUUGAAGUUGUGCACAAUUUUGAGAUUAUUUUCUUGUUUAAAUGUGAAUCCAGAUUUUAUGCAAGUAAUUCAUGUUGUUUAAGGUUGUAUAGAUAAUUCACAGGCUACCUGUUUUCUUCCAAUCUUUCACCAAAAGUAUGCUAUAAGGAAUUGUCCACUGAUUUGAUGUUUGUGGUGUAUUUUCAUGAAAAUCCUGACAUUUAUGAACCUUUAAUUUAAAAGUGUAAGUCAUAUGUGAUUGUUACAUUGUUUUUAACAAAAAUAUAAACGCCACAUGUAAAA